UGUUAUAUAUGCGUCUCCGCAGCAACCAAAGUGAAUCAAAACAUUGGUUGCAUUGACAAUGGCUUCCCUGGCCUGUGUCAACCACCUCCCUCCCUGGCUCUCCCCUCGCCCCGGAUCCGACCCCGAACCCGACUUCGAGUUCCCCUUAGACCCUCCCACCACCAUGCUCCCCGCCGACCAGCUCUUCUCCGACGGCAAACUCCUCCCUCUCCACCUCAAACCUCUUUCCACCACCACUCCUCAAACCCCCAAAUCACCUUCCUCCGCUUCCGUUAACACCGUCACCCCCCCCACCACCACCUCCUCCUCCUCCGCCGACCCCUACCUCUUCUCCCCCAAAGCCCCCCGCUGCUCCUCCCGCUGGAAAGACCUCCUCGGCCUCAAAAAACUCUACCAAACCACAAACAACACCAAAACCACACCUUCCUCAACCUCAGCCAAAUCCCUAAAAAUCCUCCUCCACCGCAAAACGACGUCGUCGUCUACCUCCUCCUUCUCCUCGGAAAACGCGCCUUUGUUAACCUCAAUUUCUUCCGACGCCGAAUCCCUCUCCAUCUCCUCCUCGCGCCUCUCUCUUUCCUCCUCCUCCUCAAGCCACGACCACGAUGACCUCCCUCGCCUAUCCCUCGAUUCCGAUAAACCUAACCCUAACCUUAGCCUUAACACUAAUCAGAUCUCACUCCACCGCAACCCUAACCCUAGAAUUCGCCUAGUCAAAAACCGCACGAACUCAUUCGACGCGAACAAGCACUCGUCGGACCAGCCUUCCCAGCUUUCCCGCCCGGGGAGGAGUCCGAUCCGGCGGGAAUCGGAAACGGUCACGUGCAGGGGAGUUUCCGUGGACAGCCCUAGAAUGAACUCUUCGGGGAAAAUAGUGUUUCAGAGCUUAGAACGAAGCUCGAGUAGUCCAAGCACUUUCAACGGUGGGCCCCGCUUCAAGCACCGCGGAAUGGAACGCUCUUAUUCCGCCAACGUUAGGGUUACGCCGGUGCUCAACGUCCCCGUCUGCUCCCUCCGUGGGGCAUCGAAAUCGGGUUUUAUCGGCUUCGGACAACUCUUCUCCUCGCCGCAGAAGAAAGAAGGAACAACAACGGGGAAAGGGCACAGGAGCAUUCGGAAUUGACGUAAAUACCCUUCUAUAAAGAAAGUAAAAAAAAGGGAAGAGAGGACGUGUUGUUAUUGAUUGAGGGGUUUUGGUUGGUUGAUUUAAUUUGAUUUUCUUAAGUUUUUUAACCUUUUUAGGUUAAUUUAUGUAAAUACAGCGAGGGUGGGGUUCGAUUUUUAGAUGCUGUUGUUUGAUGAUGAAUUUAUAAAAGAUCCAGUUACUUGUUUCUAACGUGGUUGAUUCAGGGUAUUUUUCUUACAGUGCUGUAUUAUUUUUUUUUAUUUGUUAAACUUAGUAUUUUAAUAAUGGUAAAAUGGAAAUGUGCUUUUUUUAUAUUAAAAUCAAAUAAAAUGUUUCGAGAUCUGUGGAGGAAUCAUGUUGAGCUUAUCAUGUGUGUCUGCUUGCGAGUUUUCUUUUAUUUUUUUGGGGGGUUUUGAGUAUUAUUUUUUACUGUGUUGUGAAUUGUUUUGGGAAAUGAUGCCAAAGAUUGAAACAGAGGCGCCAGCGCUGCUGAAUUACUAUUUGCACGUCAGUCUGAUCCCAAAACCUUCAUGGUUUGCAAUUAAUUAAUUAACCAAAGUUUUCAUUUUAGCUUAGUGACAAAUUAAUGUGUUUAUUUUUUUUUGUGUGUGUUGUGAUUUGUGAAUUGUUUUGGAAAAUGAUUACAAAGAUUGAAACAGAGGCGCUAGCGCUGCUGAAUUAUUAUUUGCACGUCAGUCUGAUCCCAAAACCUUCAUGGCAUUCAGUUAUUUAAUUGACCAAAAGUUUUUAUUUCA